AUGGAAAGAAGAAAUCUUAGAUUAGUUAUUGUUGAAGCAAAAGAGUUGAAAGCAAAUGAUGGAAAUUCAUCUGAUCCCUAUACAGUUGUAAAAUGUUUAGGUCAAACUUAUAAAACUGAAGUUAUCAAGAAAUCUUUGGCUCCUGUUUGGAAUCAUAUCGUUGAAUUACAAUCAGUUGAUGAUCAAACAUUGAUUGAAAUUGAAAUUUAUGACAAGGAGAGAUUUGGAGCCGAUAAAGUAUUGGGAUCUGUUCAAGUACCAGUAUCAUUGUUGAAAAACAAUGUAUUACAAGGUAGUAGAGACCAAUGGUUAAGUCUCACCAAGAAAGGUUUUGUAAGAGUAUCUUUUGAUUUUAAUCCACCCUAUACUACUGUUGGAGGUGUUGCUCCUCAAGUCAUUCAAGCCAGUCCACAAUUGGCUGCAGUACAACAGACUGUCAAUGCUCUACAAGGCUUUGGAUUACCACCACCAGUCUACUUUGCACCACAAUACGUCAGUUGUUAUCCACUUGAAACCAAGCUAUCCUUUUCACCAUAUGGAGAGAUCUACACUGCACGUACCUACAUUACCGGUCAACCACUAGACAUGUCUCUUUUGUACUCAGUGUCACAACCAUUUAUUGUUAUUCGUUCGUUGCGUGUACAAUUCAAGGGUAAGAUCUCGUAUCGUGGAAAGACCAUUCGUAGUCUAUUUUACGACUCUCGUAACCUACUCCAACUAGUACCCGAUAAAAAGGUUCGUCUCGAGUGUGGAAAGCACAUCUUCCCAUUCCAAUUCUUUAUUCCAAAAGAGUGUCAAUCAAGUACCCACAUCAAUGAUUUCAAGGUGGAAUACUCUCUCUUUGCAACUGCUGAUGUCGUCAAUCUCCCAGACCAAGCUCUCAACGCUACAGUCAAUGUUGUAAACAUUGAAGAUACCAUCUUUAAAAUUACAAACAUUCCAUUAAAUGUGACAGCAUCAAAAUCACCAUUAUCAGGAGGAUCAAUUGAAAUGACAAUUAAAUCUGCCAAGAAUUCCUAUGUUAGAGGUGAAGAUAUUGAAAUGGAGGUGACUGUAAACAACAACAGCAAAAAGACAAUUAAAAAGAUUGAUUUUGAUCUCUACAGAAACGAGGAUCGUCACGAUCAACCAAAGUCCAUUGUAAAGGUUGCAUCAAGCAAGAAAUACUUUUUGCCAAAGAUUAACAAGGGGUCACAAGGUACUCACUCGUUUGUUUUCGAGUUGCCACACGACUUGCCAACCUCUACCUAUUAUCCAAAGGCAAUCAAGGUUGAAUACGUGUUGCAUGCAAUUCUCGAUAUUCCAAACUGUGUCGAUCUCAUCACCAAGGUACCCAUCUCGAUCGUCUACUCUGAUCCAAACAUUCAAUACCGUCCAGAUCCUCUCAGUGAAAUUGCCUCUAUCCCAUUGUACAUUAACAAAUUUACAGACCGUCACGUGUACAGUUACUUUUUACUCCGUCAUAACGCCCCGGCCGUUGCCGAUGAGUUUGACCGUCUCAACACCAACGGUUUGGAUCUCCUCAAUUACACCGAGGAAACUCUACGCAAGUGUUUAGCCUUGGCACCACCCGACCAAGCCGAGACACUCUACCAAACCAUCAAAAACGAAAUCUACAAGGUUGGUGGUGUAAGAACACUUCUAAAGUCUCUCCAAACUUCCUCACCUGAUCAAAACGUUUGA